UGCGCUGAAGACACAGACCGACAAUGAACGUCGUCUCUUCUUCUCAGUUCUUCGUGCCUCUUCAUCGCUGUUCGAUCAUUGUUUCAACUUGAUGUUAAAGGUUUGAUUCUUGCUUUAUCUGGAAUAAAAAAAGACGAUCUCUAUGACAAGAACUAGGAUUUGGACAGUAUACCAUUUUCCUACAAGCUGGAUAUCAUUUGGAUAUUAGUGGCGUCUGUAAAAAACAAAGCAUGAUGUUGUGAGGAACUUUCUUGGAAAUCCGUAUUGACACUUAAUUAUGUCUGUUGUUUUUCUUAGAUGUCUUUUUGGACAAGACAAAAUGACAUAAAUUGUUUUAACUGAGAUUAAACGUUUACUUUGCACUUAUUUCAUCCUCAAAAUCAAGAGAGAAGGGAGAAUCGAUUAAUUCGCCGAGAGUAAAUACGUAAUCUGGACAGGAAACUUAAAAACAACAUGACAAACAUUAUGAUUUCCCACUGAGUUUGAAAAUGUCUACUUCGGUGAAAACAGUCUGAGAUUAAAUGCCUUCCCUAUGCUGAGAUUAAAAAUCGGCAUUUAAUGGAGUUGUUGUUCGCUGCAUUUGAUAUCGAGAGUAAGGGACUCGAACGAAUCUCCACCGCAACUAUAUAAGAUGCACCCUGCGGUGGUAGAAAAGGAUUUCUGACAGACAAUUGCACUAGAUUCUCUCACCUAUUCUGUUUCAAGGGGCAGCAUCUACGUAGACAGUUCCCGUCUCUUCUUUCAUUUACCCCUUCCCCUCGAGCAGCACGGCUGAAGGUUUGUGGUGAGUUAUUGAGGGCAAGAUACCCCGCUGCCACGCUGGAGAUCCAACCUAAUGGUUAUUGAUUAUCACAAGAACGAACACUAAACGAAAAUCGAUACGUUUGAUAUGGGACCCUCUAUCGAUGUAACGUAUCUGAAUAUUCGACGAGCAGACUGUUAUGUCAAUCGCGUAAGCUUUUCAGAAGAGGAAAAUCACCAGAUAUAAUUGCAAAAAGGAAACAAUUGUAAGCUAGGAUCUCCAUUUCGCGGAGUCUUCUAAUUUUGGCGGGCACCUCUGAGCACUUUCUAGACCGUGUCGAUUUAGCGUCAUAAAAUCGUCUGUUUAAAAUUACCCAGACUCUGCAAGUUCGUACAAUUCAUUUAUUGGAACCAAGGUAUUCAUGAUGUGACAAAAUUGCUUUUAUCGGAUGUGUCCGAGAAAGGAAAACUCAUUUCGUCUCAUGUCUCCGUAUUUGUUCUGAAAUCGAAUACAUUUAUUUGAUUGCGCUCCCGCUCGUAAAAAUAGCUGAGGAAAUGAUCAGCAACUGUUCGUCAACUCGGGGAGUUUAUUGACUUGUGUCUGGGCAUCUUUCUCAAGAAGAUUCAUCGGACUCGGACUUUAAUCACAGACAUGUUUGUAUAAUUGUUCACCUGUGACGCUCUUCAUUAACAUUUAUUUUAUAAAACCUCGUUAAUUUGAUAUUUUGGGCGUUGAGACAAAGUGUACAUAGGUAAUCCCCCCUUCGCCGUCGAUCUCGAAGAAUUUUAACGAUUUAUACGUCAGUAUGGUAGUAAGCUAAUCCUAUUGAUACGCUGGAUAACUCGACCUUCUUCCUGUAAAAAUCUAGUCUUCAAGUUGAUGGGUGGCUGAGGGAGAAGCCGAUGUAUGGAUGUCACUUCUUUGUGACCGCAUUUGAGGAGAGAAGCGAGUAAGUGCAUGCACCAGAGCGAAUCUCUAUUUCUUCAUCAAAUAUUCGAAGCGUGGCUGCGAAUUCAAUUUCUUACCCAGAUAUGUGUGGAAGGAGUUUUUCGGUUCAGAUGAUCGAGUGCAUUUGGCCCCGUAAAUAAUACGGCGGUGUUUGUAGUGAAACUAGUGGAUGCGGUCAUUGAUACGAAGUGACAGCGACUGCUCCAAGUGCAGAUAGAGGACCUCGAGAUUCGGCAGAAAUGCCCUUAAAUGAGAAAUACGUCAUUCUAGCCUACACGUGAGAAUCGACCGUGUUCCGUUAAAUUGAAUUGACCGAUCCUCUAGGAGUACUAUUCGAUUAUUGCUUGAAUAGAAUACCCCGCCUGUGUACAAAUUUUGAAAAACGAGAAAAUAGAGAUUCGAUUAUGGAAGACAAACUAUUGGUAUAUGUGGAAUGAGGCGAACUUCAACGGCUUAUACUCGACACCCUGGGGAAAAAGACCAAUGCAACAUAAUCAGAAACGUUUGGAAUGUUCCGUCUUGAUUGGGACAUUUUGAUGACACGCAAUAUCUCAAAUCUACGUUAGAUAUGGACACACUGAUUCGACAGUAGCUAAGAGUAAUAAGAGCUUAAAGAAGUGGUUACGCAAUACACUCUUGAAUAACCGAGCGUGGUGAUGCACUUGGAGUAACGACAACUCCCCGUUCUAUCUUUAGCUUCAAUCAUCGAGGACAAAAGAGUAUGUUAAUUGUGUUGAUAUAAGGCAGUCAUAAUUGUUCGCGUCUCCGCCAUACACUGACAGCGAUGCGGAAACGAGUUAAGAGAACACACUAAACCCUUUCUUGUCUCCCAUCAUCAGUGUUUGUUUGAGGAGGAACAUAUAAAUCUCGUGCGGGUUUAUGUUCUCGAGAGGAGAGUGGGUAAGCGGUGCAUUGCCAAGAGAUCUAUGAAAUAUACGCCUCCCGUCGAGAAGGAAUUAGCUUUUUUACUUUAGCAGAUGGAUUAGUGAGAGAGAAGAUGGUACUCUCAUGAGCUGUCUUGUGAGAUAAACAUCUGCUACUGGACAUUGAUUUGUUUCAUGUAAGCGUGAAGAGGACGUCGUCUCUACUGGGUUAGGGAUGGCUAGCAACAUGGAUGGGUACGUUGAGGUAUCCGGGGUAGGUGCGGAGAAUACCACAGGGGACAGUAUGGGUGAUCUUGAACUGUAUCCUCCAAUGAUGACCAACAUUACCCACGGAUCACCAAACAUCACGUUGAUCGCAUUCAAAGUGAUUGGACUGACAAUAAUCAUUCUUAUCGGUGUAGUAGGUAACCUCUUAGUCUGUAUAUCUGUAUGCAAGUUCCGCAACCUUCGGAUUGUCGCCAACUACUUUAUUGUUUCAUUGGCAGUAGCGGACCUUGCGGUGAGUGGGGUAGUCAUGCCCUUCGCGUUGUACCAGGAGGUUAACGGGUGGCGGUGGUGGUUAGGGGCAUGGCUUUGUGAUGUGUGGGUUUCCGUGGACGUCCUGACAGCGACGGCGUCGAUAUGGAACUUAUGUGGUAUUUCGGUGGACAGAUUUCUAGCGAUCACCAGACCCAUACAGUAUGCUAGAAGAAGAACACCGUGCAUGGCUAUGACAGUCAUCAUAUCCAUGUGGACCGUAGCUUUCUUGAUUUCCAUUCCUGCUCUCAUUUAUGUUGGAGGCUACGACACCGAAGGUACAGCUGAAGAAUGUGCGUUAAACGUCAGUCCCAUAUUCCAAGUCAUCAGCUCAGCGCUAUCUUUCUACAUCCCUUGUUUUAUUUUGCUCAUUGUUUAUUACAAGAUCUUUCGUUCCGUCAUGGCUUUGAGUGCUAAGAAGCCAGGCUUAAGAGAAAAGAUCCAAAGAGAUGCACCGUCCAAGGUGGUAACAAUGCAAACAAACUUAAACGCAGAAAGCAAGGACAACCUUGCUGUCAAACCUCAGAACGCCUUAACGGUGGAGAAUAACGGUCGGAAGAUGAGUAAACGUCCAAGCGACGACGCCAGCAGCGUUGCAGGAGCGCAUCCACCGACAAUACCGUGCAAGCAGCAAUAUCGAGAGAAAUCGUCAACGAAAAAGAUCUCUGUUGCUCGAGAGCGUCGGGCGACGUCCGUUCUCGCAAUCGUCGUUACGAUCUUUAUUUGUUGUUGGCUUCCCUUUUUCAUCACGAACGUCGUGAUGGGUCUGUGCAAAGACUGCAAUAUCACUUUCACAAUCUUUAACAGCGUCACAUGGAUGGGUUGGUGUAACUCUGCUGCUAACCCUAUUAUCUAUACUAUCUUUAAUCGGGAAUUCCGCAAUGCUUUCCACCGUCUCUUAACGUGCAAUACACGUCAGCAUUAUGGGAUGAGGUGAUUUUUUUCAAAUUUCUUAAUCGUCGCUAAUUUAAAAUAUUCCUUGCCAGAAAUUUGCCACACAUUUCUGAUAUCUCAUUCUAGUGUUUAUAAAAAUCGAAAUGUAUAUAUAUAUAUAUAAAAUGUUUAUCAAGUCUCUCUCAUUCGGAGCCCGUUUCUACUUGUAAUCUUUGUUCAUACACUAUUCAAACUAGCCGACAACUGAUCGGAGAGGCGUUACUCUUUGCUUUCAUAUUUCUACGAUGAGUGUCCGGAGCAGGUGUUCGGAGGGAAACACUCGCCGGAUAUGUGCCGAGGAAGAUUGCUAGCCGAUGUUUUCACGCGUAAGCGAAAUGUUCGUAGUGGUUCGCAGAUGGGGAAAAUCCAUUGUAUGUUUUCCAUGAGCAGUCGAAAGGUGUUACAGUGCGAGAUGAAUUCGAAGUGUUAAACCAUAUCAGGCAUGAAAACAAUAACCUUGUGUCAGGAUCAUGCUUCUUGUUAUAUCGCAGAGACUAAAGUGAUAAACUAUAUUUCAGUUCGAUUGUCCGUUAGGACUAUUACAUCAUCACUCCACAAACUAUCCCAGAUGACUCUAGUAACGUGCAACGUUUUGAAAGUUACUUCCUUCUGAAAUACAAACCCCAAAUCGGUCAGAUAAUGGGGCAGUUAAGCUUCAAGAUAACUAGAGAUGAAAGAAAUGUAGUCACCGAUGGUUACCACCUCACAAUAUAUAUAAUCUCUACUCAAUAAUGAAGGAAACAGAGUAGUAACGUUGCAUUACAACGAAACAAUCGAAACUGAUUUUUGAUCACUUCUGCUAUUAAAACAUGGUUAUAAAAGGAGAGAGAGAAUUAAGGAAUGGAAAACAUGUGUGCGGACAAAAACGACGAAUGGAUGCUGCGAAGAUUAAGUAAUGAUGGAUGUAAAAAGGGAAUUAUGAAGAUUCUUUGACAACUGGACAUGCAUACCUGAACAUGAUUGUGCAUUUUAUUCUAUGAAUACCUCUUGUUUGACACCUGGAGUACGUAUCUACUAAAUGAUGUAUUUUGAUUACGUAAUUCAAUUAGCAUGAUUAUGUCUGAGCAAGUUGGGCUUCCCAUGUG